GGAGCCGCGGCCGAGGCGCAUGGAGACGGCGGCCGCCGCCGCGGGCUGGGUUCUUUUCUUCCAUCUCCCUCUCAUCUCUGGGAGCUCCAUCCGCGUUGGGAUAGGCAACAACUCCAGCCUCUAUGAGCAGAGCAUUCUGCCAUGUAAGAAGGAAGAACUGCAGUGUGGCACCGGGCUCUGCCUCUCCAACUGGCUGCGCUGCCGCUACAGGAAGGACUGCGGCCGGGACUACAUGUCCAUCCAGCUGACGUGCUCCAAAAUUCACCUGAACCAAAGCAGCCCGACCAGCGAGCUCCCCAGCUACAGUGAGAAUGGCAGUGAUGCCAGUUUACUUGUUUCUCCCCUUCUGGUGGCUGGAGUAGUGAUCGGACUUGUGCUGUUUCUGUCCUGUGUCACCAUCAUUGUUGGCAGCCUGCGGAAGGACGGACGGCUGAGACACCCACACCAGAGGAGAGACACUGUCUACGCUCCAGACAGCUUCUCUUACGGCGGCUCUUUUGGAGAGCUGAGAUCCACCUGCCUGGAGGAAUUUCCCCCAGCUUUUGAUUUUGGUUCCUAUCUGGAUACACUUUCUCAGGUCAACAUCAUGUAUCCCGAUUCACCUCCACGCUAUGAUGAAUGCGUGGGGCCAGGAGCAACGCAAAUAUAUAUUCCCACAGAUGAUCCCCCCCCCUAUUCCCUUACGGACCCCUGGCAAAGAAAUGAAAUAUCUAUAAACAUCAGCCGGGAGGAGGAGGAAGCAGCAGCAGGGACUGCAGAGCCUGCAGCACACCAUGCCACCAGGAUACAGGGCUGGCAGCAGCCCAUCCCAUCCAUCUCUCUGUCGUCGCUCCCCACAGAGGCUGCUCCCCGGUACGCAGCUGUGAUGUGUGAGCACAGCAUCCCCAUCCCGCUGGUGCCAGUGGAAGUACUGAAAAACUCUCCCUCUGACUAUCAGACCAUUCUGAGCCAAAUCCUGUGAAUAAAAGGGGCUUUCUCCUUCCAUCUUUCUGAAGAACUCAGACUGAGAAGAAGAACACAUUUAAAUGGAAGAAUAAAACCUCUUAAAGUUUUACCUAUUUUAUAUCUUUACUAAGGGAUGUAAUGGGAUUGUUUUUUAUUUUUUACAGUGAAUUUUGAAAGUUUACCUAAACUUCCCUCUUUGGGCUUCAAAGCAUUCCAUGGCGUCACGUAGCACAGGACAGCAGCACUGAGAGCGGUGCUAUGGCCUUCCUGAAGCAUCUCAGAUCUCACUGACAUUGCCACUCAAUGUAUAUAUAUGUAUAUAUGUUAUCUAGUCAAGCUUACUCCUCGAUUUGAUGGUAAUGUGCAUGCUUUGGAACAGAAGGAAGGAGAAGAGCAGUUCUUGUCUUUGUAGGUGUCAGUAGUACACUUUAUCCAGUGUCUUGGCAACAAAGCAUUUUUUAAAAAUUCUUUUUCUAAAUAUGUAUUUCCACAGACAGAAACAGAACACAGCCUCCAAAACAUGACUAUCAGCACCCUACAGAAGCAAAAUAAAAAAGAGGAAUCUUUUGAUACCCAUGCUUUUCCCUCAGAUACCCCAGCCAGUUCCAAAACCUGCUGUAAAUCUCUCACAAAGUCAGGAACAAGCUGACCCAACACCAGCUGCUAUGCCAAGGGCACUGCGCCCAGCUGUGAGGGCCCAGGGCUGCACACCCCUCACUUGGCACACCUGGAACCUUGAACUCCUUCCAGCAUGCCUACACUGUCAGGAACUUCAGUUAUGAACCUACAGGAUUAAGAAAGGACCUCCAAUAACUGAAGAGUGAAGUAAAUAGUAGAUGCUGGCUUUGGCAUGCAUAGUAAUGGAGAAACUCACUGUGUACAGAAACUCCUCAUAUUAGACGUGACCCUCCUCGCUGACAUUUUGCUAUUCACAUUAGCCCCAGGUCAUAGGCUUGGACUCUCAUGUGCUCAUCUGAUGAAUGUGGGGAGGUGGGGAUGAGUGCUCACGGAAGCAGCAGGAGGAAGCCACAGAAAUGAGGUUCAUGCUGCAUGUUACAUACAGUCUCCACUUAAGGACCUCAACCAAGUUUUCCUCAGCACAGUUAUCAGAGGUGCAUCUGCACUAAAUCUCUUAGAGAUGUUCUCACUGAAAAAAUGGGUAAUUUUUACACUGAUAAAAUGGACUUCAGGUUAUAACCCCCCCCUAGAGAUAAGUAGAAAGGAAUGUAAGCAAACAUAUUACUGUAUUUAACAGCAAAUACCGUUCAAAAUAUUAAAAUUACAUUUCAAUUUUCUGUAAAUAGUAAAUAACUUCCAACAGUAAUCAUUACUCAACACUCCAAAGAUGGAUGCAAAUAUAAUUAAUAUAUAAGUUGGGAAAUAAUCAUUUGGUCCUUACUGCUCUGUAAAUCAUAGCAUUACUGAGUCAUAAGCACAUGAUGGAAUCAGAUAAGUAUGCAUUUUUUUCAAGCAGAUAACAGUAAACAUGUAUUCUGCUAAAAAAAAAAAAAAAAAAAAAAAAAAAAAAAGAAGAAAUCUUUUG